AUGGUCGAUUUCUGUGAGACCGGCAUUCCAAGUUUUUGCUUUUAUAUUUUGAAACAGGUGACAACCAAAGCCAAGCAACUGAAGGAUUCAGUUACCUGCUCCCCAGGCAUGGUCAGGCUCUCGGAACUCAGGUCCACGGCUCAGAGCGCCCGGCCCGCGAGGACGGCCCCGGCCCUGCCGGACGACAUCAUCACCCAGCGGGAAGAGGCCCAGGGGGCGCUGGAGGAGCAGGACGGCGGCUCGGAGCCGGAGGCGGCGGCCCCAGAGAGCCGGCCCCGCAGGCGGAAGCCGGCCCGGCCGCGGGAGGCGGGGGCGAAGGCGGAGCCCGAGGAGCGGGGCCGCGGCAGGAGGCAGCAGGACUUCGGCGCCGCCGAGCGCAGUGGGUCCAGCGACGAGGACAGCCGCGAGAGAGGGAGCACUCGCGCUGCCGAGGGGCCGUGGACUCAGGGCCAACAGAAGCUUCUGGAGCUGGCGUUACAGCAGUACCCGAAGGGAUCCUCCGACCGCUGGGACAAAAUAGCCAGAUGCGUCCCGUCUAAGAGCAAGGAAGACUGUAUCGCUAGGUACAAGUUGCUGGUUGAACUGGUCCAAAAGAAAAAACAAGCUAAGAGCUGAAUAUUCUGGAAGACGAUGGUCACCUUCAUUUUCCAAAAUGAGUAUUUUAAAAGUCUCAUGCAGAAAUUUGCAUUUUGUACCUCAGUAUUUCUAUACGUCAUGUGCCUUAGUAAAAAAAAUAAAUACUAAACGUUG